UGGGUUAACUAUCCCUUUAACUCAAUUUAUUAAUCGUCACAGUUUUGUCAAUUUUCACUAAGAGGUUAAUUUAGUGAUUACCAAAACAAAAAUGUUGCUUUAACAAAAAUGUUAAAUUAUGUUUCCUGAAAAAAUGCUUCAAACUAGUCCUUCAACAGAGAUUUUUUUAAUAAGAAUACAUCAUUCAAGAGCAAAAAGUUCUCAUAUAUUAUUGCUUUUAACUGAUUCAUUUAUUUAAAAAUGAAUUGUGUACGUUUGAAUACUGUCUCGACAUGUACAAUAGAUAUCAAAAGAAAAUGAUAUCAUGAUUCUUCUUACCAAUUUGAAUUUAGCUGGAAAACAGGAUAUGUAAACAAUGUCUCCAGAGGAAGUCUGAGGAGAAAAAAAAGUGAUUUAAGAAGGAAGGGAAGGCGUGUUCAGCUUGUAUGAAGUGAACUGAUGUUGCCAGUGCUGUGAUGGAGUAACUCUAAACUGGAGUAACGCUGUAUUUCUUUACCUUACAGUGUCUACCGCCCCCUACUGUUGCUAAAAAUCUCUGUAACUCUUUAAGGAUAGAUAGAUAGAUAGAUAGAUGUUUCCUUUCUAAGCCUUUCAAACCUAUCAUGUUUAAGAACAUCUUGAAUUUUAUAAUCAAUGGACAAAAUCUCACAAAGACAACAAAGCUGAAAUACGAUAUAACCCCAUUCAAUAUAAUCAACAUAAUCAGCGAUCAGCGUUAACAAAUAAACUCUCUUCCCUUAAUUAGGUUGUUUGACUGAAUUUAAAACAUUGCUGUUUUUAAAACAAUUUGUUUUUAGUGUGUUUGUCGAUGAGCAGUUCACACGAGAAUGGUUUUAUAUCUGUGGCGUGAAAGAGGAUUUAUAACACAGCUAUAUUUACCAGUUACGUAAAUAUGUUUGCACUUGAUAUCAUCUACUAUUAUAAUUACUUACGGCUUAAGGCCGGUCAGGAAAUUCAUGUUUUAUUGCAAAUGCUGAAAGAAUUCCUAAGUCCUUUUUAUACUAUUUAAUUUAAUAUCAGUUUUAACAUGCAUCACACUCUUAAAAUAAAGGUUAUUUUGUAGUGGUUACUGUAGAUCAUUAAGAACCUUUAACAUCCAUGGAAUUUUUUCAUUGAACAAAAGGUUUUUUAGAUCAUUGAAAUGUUCUGAAAUGUUUAAGAACUGUUCACUAAAGGUCCUCUGGGCAACCCAAAAUGGCUCUUCUAUGUAAUCACAGUGAAAAGAAAAAAACAAUCACAAUCAAGUAAUAAAUACCUAGUCAUAAAUUAUACCUUUACAAUGUGUUUUCCACAGUAAUCAUUCAUAAUGCGGUUUCACCUGUGUGUGAAACUGACAUUGACCAUGAACAUGUUCUUUUAAACUGGGUUCCCAAACCAUAAAUCACUGGAUGGAUUGAUAGCUUUACAUUAUAGUCAGGGAUAUAAAGGAGAAAACACAACGUGUGUUUUCUCUUUAAAAGAAGACGAGCUUGAAACGCCAAGGUAAGAGCAAACAAAUUAAUAUCUAUAUGGCAAAUGUGUUGCGGAAUUGUGAAAACGUAUCAAUUCUUUGAGUUUUUUUUCUAGAAUUCCACCAUGACAGUAUCUUACACGCUGAAGGUGGCCAAUGCUAAGUUUGGAGGCUUCUCAAAGUUGCUGUUCCGAUGGAAAGGAAGCAUUUACAAGCUUUUAUACAGAGAAUUUCUGGUCUUCUGUUUACUGUACAGCUUCAUUAGUAUUCUAUACAGGUGUGUCCUCACUGACCAACAACAAGAGGUGUUUGAGCGCCUGGCACGUCAUUGCAACAAGUUUGCUAAACUCAUCCCCAUGUCAUUUGUUCUUGGGUUCUAUGUCACCCAGGCGUUUCAGCGUUGGUGGGGUCAAUAUACAAGCUUUCCCCUGCCAGAUAACCUGAUGAUGGUCGUAUCUGGGAAUGUCCACGGCACAGAUGAAAGAGGCCGUCUGCUGAGGAGAACUCUGAUGCGGUAUGCAAACCUGUCCUCUGUCCUCAUCCUGCGCUCCAUCAGCACACGAGUACGCAAGAGAUUCCAAACUGUGGAGGACAUUGUGGAGGCAGGAUUCAUGACCACAGACGAGCUCAAAAAGCUAAACCAUCUGUACUCUGACUUCAACAAAUACUGGAUGCCACUUGCAUGGUUUGCAAAUCUGGCAUCACAAGCGAGAAAAGAAGGGCGUGUGAAAGAUGAUAUAGCUUUGCGACUGCUCAUGGACGAGCUGAAUAACUAUCGAUCAAAAUGCAGCAUGCUUUUCCACUACGACUGGAUCAGCAUUCCCUUAGUGUACACACAGGUAGUGACUGUGGCUGUGUACUCCUUUUUUACAUUCUGCCUAAUUGGCCGGCAGUUUGUAAAACCUGAGAAACCCGAUGAAGACAAAAUUCAUCUGGACCUGUAUGUCCCCAUUUUCACUCUGCUGGAGUUCUUCUUUUACGCUGGUUGGUUAAAGGUAGGGGAACUAAUUAUCAACCCCUUUGGAGAAGAUGACGAUGAUUUUGAGACCAACCAACUCAUAGAUCGAAACAUUCAGGUUUCCAUGCUAGCUGUAGAUGACAUGCAUCAAAACCUUCCUCUCCUUGAGAAGGACAAAUACUGGGUGGAUAAGGGUCCUUCAUAUCCUUCAGCUACUAUGAAGCCUGUCUUCAUGGGGUCCACACAUGACAUGAGGAUACUUGAGGAUGAAAACGAGGAACCUUUACCAAUCCCCAAGACACAAAUGCUUGCCAUCAACGUGUGGCCAACUACACACAAAGUCAGAAGGCAGAAGAACAAGAGCUUGCAACAAUUGUGUCUUUGCUCCAGAUCUAGAUGUGAAGACGAGCGCUCAAGACUCGAACAGCCUUCCAAAGCCAUCAUCCCAUUACCACCGCAACAACAAAACAUGACCAUGCAACUUGUCUGCCAUGAGAAACUCUUGGAAUCACCUGAAACUGCAGAACAAAAAAACGAAGAGCCAUAGAUAAAUGUGUAACUACUCAGAUUUGACUUAGCAUGUGUUUGUUGAGACAGUCAAGGAUGAGAGGAUACUUGAUGUAAUAUUUAAAUCCUCAUCCCUGUUUUCACUUUUGACCAAUGUACACAUUCAAAGGUUUGGGGUCAGUAUGAUUUUUAAGAACCUGGUUUAUUCAUCAAAGAUGCAUGAAGUUGUUCAAAGGUGACAGUAAAGACAUUGUAAUGUUAGGAUUUCUAGUUUUGUUCUUUUAAACUUAAAGAAUCUUUGCUUUAAGCAGCACAACAGUUUUCCACAUUGAUAAUAAUGUGAAAUGUUUCUUGAGCAACAAAUCAGCACAUUAAAAUGAUUUCGGAAGUAUGGUGAACUGAAGACGAGUAAUGAUGGCUGAAAUUCUAUUUGAAAAUAUAAUAAAGCAUAGUUGUUUUAAACUAUUUCACAGUAUUACUUUUUAUAAAUGAACACAAAAAUCUUACCAACCCCAAACUUUUGAAAUUAAUCCAGUGAAUUAAACUGAUGAAUAGCAUUUUUAAUCUACUAAAUUAAUCUACAUACUAUUGUUAGUUUUGAAUCAUUUGCUUAUAAUACAUUUACACAUCUUUACAUUUUAAAAUGUAGAAAUUACCAUUAACCUAUAGUUGCUUUGUCAUUGAUUUAUUGUACUUAAAGGGCUACCCAAAAAUGAAAAUUCUGUUAUUAAUAACCUGUAAGACUUUCAUCU